UUAUACAAUGUGAUAAAGACACAAAUACUCACAGUAUAGUUGAGACGAAUUAAGACCUUGGCCAAGGCUUGACUCUUCACUAGAGCGAAGAUGACGACCACUUCUUUUGCUUGGCUGUCUUUUCCUUUUCUUCUUCUCCUUUUGCAUAGUGUUUACUCARAAAAGUUACAGUUUCUCAAGGUCCCCAAAAGUCGAGAGUUCCUCCCAGUGGGUGCAAACUUGACUAUCGACUGCACAACAAAUGGAACAGCGCAAACCGCUGUGUAUUAUCGAAGGAAGUUAAAGACUGUCAGAUGGAAGAAGAUCGAAGCUAUUCCUGGUAAAGUGAUCCACGAGGGAUCAGUGUAUACCUUACUGACUUUAACCAGGAAAAACGCAGGACAAUACCAAUGCCGAGCCUGGAAAACCACCAAUAGCACCGAGGUUAGAUGGCCAGAUAAUGUUGGAAUGGUCAUCAUUCGAGGAGGACGUAACAAAGGUUGGUGUGUUUAGUAGUUUUCACGGGUU